AUGGAACAUCAAUGUAAAUUGUGGCCCAGUAGCCCAGUAUCAUUUUAUAUAAGUCGUAAUCUUCCUGGAACUCAAGCAGAUGAACAGGUGGCUCGUGCCUCUGGAAACGCUGCUGCAGUCAGCAAACCUUCCCAAAUUGCAAGUACCAUUGAAAAGCUUUUCUCUGAUCUUGCAAAUUUGUUUAAAGAUGGCUUUAGUGGUUUCUUUGGUAAAGACGACGAAGAUGAGGAUGUAACCAAAGAAACAAAAGACGCAGACGAAGAUACCGAGGAAGACGACGAUGAUGAUAAAAAAGAUGAUGCUAGUAGAGACGUUGGAGCAUCAAGGAAACUCAGAAAAAAGAAGAAGAAAGGUCCUAUUAAAAAACUUUUCGCAGCCAUAAAAAUUGGAAUCCUAGCAGCAGCUGUAGCAAUAAAAGUAAGCCUGUUGGUCAAGAUAUUCGAAGCCGCUAUGCUAUUCAAGAUAGUCCUCAUUGGAGCUACGGCUGUGAUAGUACAAAUUGUCAAGCUGUGGUUAGAUUACAGAAAUAAUAAACAUCAUGAUACUGGAAUUGUUUACAGUAGUCCUUAUAGUAGUAGUAGUCAUGAUGCUAUCGGCGGUCUUAGUGGAGCAGAAUGGGCAGGUCCUGGAGCACCUGGUGGAGAAUACACUGGAGGAGACUAUCACGGGAGAUCGGAUAGUGAUAAAUCCUAUGCACAAAAUUUAGCUUAUAACCAAUAUACGGAAAAUUCUAAAGCCAGAAAGAAAAAGAAGAAAAAGAAGAAGAAAAGGUUCUUUGCUAUUUUUUUGGCAGUAGUGGCUAAACUGGGCCUGUUGGUCAAACUGUUACAAACUGGUUUAUUGCUUAAAUUGGCAAUUACUGCGGGUCUAAUACUGGCAGUUUCGGUAGCUAAGUUUUUGUACCUGAUCAAGCAUGGAAAACAGAAAACAAUAUAUUAUGAAAAUUCUCAUCAUGAUCAUCAUUACGACCACGAUGAUGUUUAUGAGCAUGACGACCAUCAUGGUUGGGGUAGAAGUGCAGCAGCACGUACUAGCGAAAUGAGAAAGAAGAAAAAGAAGGAACCGCACCCUUUAGUGAAACUAGUGCACAAAAUCAUAUUGGGUGUAGUGGUGGCUGCAGUCUUAAUUUUCCUUCUCAAAUUCUUUUAUGCUAUUUUGGCUAAAAAAUAUUUUUUGAUUAGUCUUGGAUACUUUAUUGUGCAUCUUCUUAAAACUUGGGCAUGGUAUAAAUACUUGAAGAAGCCCGUGUAUUAUGAGCACGAUGAUCACGAUACUCACAUCACAUUUGAUCAUGGACACGAAGGGUAUGAUCAUGGACACGAAGGUUAUGAUCAUGAACACGGAGGUUAUGAUCAUGGACAUGGAGGAUAUGAUUAUGAGGAUCAUGUUUUGGGUUCAUCUGUACACGAUCAUUAUCCAUCAACGCAUUGGGGAAGAAAAGAUAAAGUACAUACCAUGGCAUACAAUAAACAAAAACCAGAGAGUUGGUUGAAAAAGAAGAAUAGGACAGACGAAGAAAAAAGCGACAAAAAAGAAAAAAAUGAAAAAGAAAAUCAGAGUUUUUCCGAAAAGUUAAUGUCCCUGUUCACUGAAGAAGAGGAAAAAAUAUCUGACGAUGAAGAAGAUUCUACAAAAAAGCAAGAUCAUAAAGAACAAAAUUUUACUUUUUUUCAAAAAUUUCUAUCAUUUACCGAAGAGGAAAAUAAAUCUGAAGACAUAAAAAAUGUUAAGAAAGAAAAUGAAGAAGAAAAUUUGAACUUUUUUCAAAAAUUUCUAUCACUAUUUACAGAAGAAGGAACCAAAUAUGAAGAGAUAAAAGAUGAAGACAAAGAAAACGAAAAAGAAAAUUUAAACUUUUUUCAAUCAUUAUUUACAGGAGAGGAGAACAAACUCAAAGAGACAAAAAAUACAGAUAAAGAAAACGAAGCACAAAAUGUUUCACUAUUUACAGAAGAGGACACCAAAAUUGCGAAAACAAAAGAUGUAGAUACGGAAAACGAAAAACAAAAUUUAACAUUUUUUCAAAAGUUUCUAUUGCUAUUCAAAAAGGUGGAGAACAAAUCUGAAGAAAUACAAGAUGCAGAUAAGGAAAAAUCCGAAGAAAAAGAAAAUGAAGAUCAGAAACAAAAUCAAACUAUGUUCCAAAAAUUUAUAUCUCAAUUCACAUAAGAGGGGAUAUAGCCCGAAAAAAAAAUUGUCGUAGAGGUAGACCAUAAAGAAAACAAACUAUAUUCCAAAAAUGUAUAUCACAGUUCACCGAAGAGAAGGAGAAAAUAAAAAAUACUGACAAAAUAAAACGCGAAAAACGAAAUCAAUCUUUAAAGUUUUUAAUCAUAAUUUUCAGAAGUAAAAAACGAAACGAAAAAAUAAAACUACAAAGAUCAAAUUCUAACGAUAACAAAAUCAAAAAUUUUCUAUCGAAACUCAAAGUAGAGAACGGAAAAAUUCAAAAUGAAAACGUAACAAACUAAAAAGAAAU